AUGAGCUCCAUUGUUCGUUCAGAAGUCGAACAAAUGGACAAUGAGAUAAACGUGCGAUCGACUCGAGCCCGAGCUCGCAAGCGCGAAAAGAUAUCCAACGCCUGUAUCGCCUGCCGCAACAGCAAGACUCGCUGUUCAGGGCGCCAUCCUUGUGAAAGAUGCAUUAGACGUAAGGAAACUUGCGUCUUUGAGGAGAAAGAAAAGAAAGUAGCAGUAUCUGUAGAUUACCUCGACCAAUUACACGCUCGCAUCGAGUCACUUGAGGCUCAAUCACGCUCCGUCCAAGGUCUAAACUCGACCACCGAAGCCCUCUCAUCGGGUUCAGUGCAGCUUAAUGCUCGCUAUCCAUCAAGAAACCCUCCGCAAAGCCCCCUGGGCGAAACUAGGACGCCGUCGAGAUCGGAGUCCAGUUCCCUUACAAAUACCCUUGUCACUUCCGAGCCACAGAUCAAGGUCCAUCGCUAUGGACAUGCCGCCUACCUUGGGCACAGCUCGACUCUCAGCUUCAGUCGCAAUGUCCGCAACCUUCUUCAACGGUCAUCCCCAAUCGCAGAUCCUGGGAGCGUAUCUAUGGAACGACAGGACAUAUCUUAUACACGAACACUGCCGCCAAUAGCUCUCGAUCUGUCAAGUAUCGCAUUGCCAAAGCUCUCUUACGCUGAAUACUUGACCAACACAGUGAUUGUGCACAUCGGUUCUCUCUACUCCAUUUUUGAUGCAGACAUGUUUCUUCAAAGACUGAGGAGAUUUUACGAUGACCGUGACAAAGAUUUGGAGAUUGAUGCAACCCUAUGGCACAUCCAGAUGCUACUUAUACUAGCAUUCGGCAAGUCGAUACAGUCUAGAGAACACUCUGAGAUGGGCCCCUCCGGAAUGACAUACUUCACACUUGCCAUUGAAGCUAUGCCAGAUAUAAGAAGACUCUACGAGGAUCCUUUGUUGUCAAUUGAGGUUCUCUGUUUGGCUGCUUUGUUCAUGCAUGCAACCGAUCUCCUACAGGAGGCCUACGUCACGAUUGGCCAAGCCCUGCGAAUUUCUGUCACCAAAGUUCUGAACAAAAGGUUUCCGGAAGCUUUGAGAUCCUCAAACUUUGAGUACCAAAGACGUCUCUGGUGGACAGUAUACUGCAUCGACAGGAAGUGCGCGGCAAUGCUAGGCAGUCCGUCUGUCAUGAGAGACGAUGACAUCUCAAUUCCGUUCCCAGAAAUAAAGUCAGGAGAUGAGUCGCAAAGCGCAUUCGCUAUCCAUGCGAUCCUUUCUUCUCAUCUCGGCAAGAUCCUUGAUGCCAUAUAUGGAGUACACGAUCAUCAGCGGAGUUUCCUUCUUGAAGUGAAGUCAAUUCUUUCUCGUAUUGCAGAAACUUACGUUAUCCUACGUCAACAUCUUCCGUUAGAUGUCCAGCAACCAAGCCAACCAGUUUCUCGCGAGCCUGUUCUCUUCUCACUUCUCAAGCCUCUUCUAGCAUCAAAUGCUCCCAUACCCGAUGCUCGCCACUCUUCGUCGCCAUUUGAGUCGAUGCUGAAGAUGUGCAUCGAGUCUGCUGUCCAAAUUCUCAAGAUCAUGUCAAUUCUGAAGCAACAGAUGAUGUGCGAUAUCUUCUUGCCAUAUGAUAUCGAUGCACUCUUUUCGGCGGCCUUCGCUUUGAUCCUAAUCGAUAUCAUCCGGCCAGCAAAUGAGCUGCUUUGGGACUUGCCCCAGGUUAUGAACCUACUUGGCGAGUUUGUAUCACGGCGUGUAGCUCCGGCGCAAGCCUACAGGUCCGAUCUCGUGCAAAUCUUAGAACUACAUACUAAGUUACGAGGGAACAACAGUCGCCAGCAUCAGGACACUGGGACCAUGUUCAAUAUGAGUCUUGUUCCUGGCCUGGACGAAUAUGCUAUAACCCAGCCGGGGCAGUUAGGUAUAUCACCUGACCCAUUGUGGGCAAACAUAAGAGAUGGAAAUGUAGUUGGAGAUCCCGCGCACCCUAACACAAUCCUUUCAGUGAUUGAUGAUCUGAACGUGGAAGGUUUUGAUAUAUCAGACACUGAUAUGCUUGAUAAUGGGUGGAUGUGGGAUAUGGACGAUAUGUCAACAAACAUCUAA